AUGGCCGCCACCGCCCGCCACCGCCACCGCAUCCUCCCGCGCGUCCCCAACUCCCGCCGGACCGACCGCUCGCGCAACCCUGGCUAUCAAUUCACCUCUUCUGACGCCCUUGUAGUAGAAUCCUUUCUCGUCGCCUACGGCGACACCGCGCCCCCACUCAAAGCCACGGUCCUUACCCUCGACGAAAUCAUCACAGACUACAUCAUCGAGACAUGUCACGAAGCCGCGGCUGUCGCGACCCACGCGCGGCGCCAGAAAAUCAAGCUCGAUGAUUUCAAGUUCAUGCUGAGGAGGGAUACGGCGAAGUUGGGUAGGGUGAGCGAGUUGCUUGAGACGGAUAAGGAGUUGAAGAGGAAGAGGAAGGCGUUUGACACGGAUGAGGGGGCGGUGGUGGAUACGGUUGAGGAGGUGCCAGGUGAGAAGGGGCGGGCGAAGAAGGGGAAGGAUGCUGAAGGUGGUGCGGAGGAGGAGCGCAAGAAGAAAAGGAAGAAGAAGGGUGGGAAGGGGGACGAUGCGAGUACGGUGAUGAGCGGUUGA